CGCUUUCCAGGUCGCAAACGACUCGAAUCACUCGCCUCCCUCUCUUGUCUCUGCCCCCUACGGCCCUACCCCAUCCAUCCGGCGAGAUCGAGCUCCUCUUCUCUAUUGGCGACGGCCUUUCGGUGUCGAUUCCCACUAGCUCGUGGCGUCCCCCGAACCGAUGGAGGCCGCGGCCUCCAGCGACGGGGAGUCGGCGGGUGAGCUGCUUCUCCGCGCGGCGGCGCUGGUGCCGUGGACGCACUACGCGCUCGCGGCCCUCGCCCUCGCCACCGCGCUCCUGUACAGGUUCCUGGAGCUUCACUUCAUCGGGGACCUCCUACGCGGCCUCCGCGGCGGCCGCGUCGCGCUCACUUUUCACCCCGAGUCUCAAGUGUACCACCGGGUCGCCUCCAAGUGCCGCUCGCUCCACGGCAGGUACCUCGCGACGCCGUGGCUGGCGAGUCCUCAUCUGCAGACGUUGUUCCUGAGCAUCUCUGGCAGACCGCCUUCGUUCACCUAUCGGAGGCAGCUGUACACUGUUCAUGAUGGUGGAACCAUUGCCUUGGAUUGGUUACUAGCCUCUGAUCUUGAAGCUGCAGAUGUUGAUUCUUGUGACGAAUCCAUUUCUAAGGAUGAUUCAACACCCCUUCUUCUUGUGAUACCUGGAUUAACUAGUGAUUCUAGUGCUGCUUAUGUCAAGCAUUUAGUCUUUUCUAUGGCAAGCAAAGGAUGGAAUGUUGUUGUCAGCAAUCAUAGGGGUCUGGGUGGCAUCUCCAUAACAUCUGAUUGCUUCUACAAUGCUGGAUGGACGGAAGAUAUGCGUGAAGUUGUUAAUUAUCUUCACCAAAAGUAUCCAGAGGCUCCACUAUUCACUGUUGGGACAAGCAUAGGUGCCAAUAUUGUGGUCAAGUACCUCGGAGAAGAAGGUGAAAGCACCCCUGUAGCUGGUGCUGCAUCUAUUUGCUCACCCUGGGAUCUGCUGGUGACCAACAGAUUUAUUUCACGCAAGCUUGUGCAGCGGUGUUAUGACAGAGCUCUUGCAAUUGGUCUCAAGGGAUAUGCAAAACUACACCAACCAGUCUUGGCAAGACUUGCAAACUGGGAAGCUAUUACCUCGUCAAGCUCUAUCCGGGAAUUUGACCGGCAUGCCACUUGUGUCGUUGCAAAAUACGAGACAGUGGACACAUUCUACCGCAAAUGCAGCAGUGCGAACUAUAUUGGCAAUGUGUCAGUUCCCUUGCUUUGUAUCAGUGCUUUAGAUGACCCCCUCUGCACAAGGGAGGCCAUUCCCUGGGAUGAAUGCAGGGCAAACAAAAACAUUGUAUUGGCAACUACUCCUAAUGGUGGACAUCUUGCUUUCUUUGAAGGCCUAACUGCUGGAAGACUAUGGUGGGUAAGGCCUGUUACUGAGUUCCUCUGUGCUCUACAUGAUAGCUGCUAUAUGCAUCGGCAGAAGGCACAGGAGCAUGGUUUGCACUCUUCACUGGAAUCCUUAAUCGACAAGAGCCCGUAUGUUAAUUUCAUGGAAGACGGAAUGGUAGCUGCAGUAACUAAUGAUGGUCCUGACAACGAUGACUCCUUGCAUAACCAGAUUGUUGAUGAAAUCAAACUCAGUGAUGAUAUGGUUGCCAUAGAACAGAAUGAACAGACCGGAGAAAUACAGAAUGAGAGUGACAGUGGGGUAGGUGACAAGAACAACUCAGAAGGGAAUGUGACAUCUUUCCAAGGCCAUGAAGGAAAUCAUGAACAGCGAGAAGAGCCCAAUGCAAAUAAUAUCCGUGACGCCAUUGCCCCUGUUAGGAGAUCCAUAAACCAGAUCACCAGGUCCCAGGGGAAGUCAGUCUGGUUACUCGCUUACAUUGCUGUUGUAACGUCUUGGCCGUUGCUUGGGACCCUAGGUUUUUUCCUUUUUAGGAAAAGAUUUAGUAAUUCUCUGUUAGCUAAGAAGAUGAAGAAAUUGUAAACACAAACGUGUUUCUUCUGGAACAAGUAAAAUAAAAUCCUUGUAACAAGCAUUAACACAUUUGUUCAUGCAUCAAUCCAUGAUAAUAAAAGAUCCAGCUGAAACACAAUAGCAUUUGUA